AUGGGGGAUAGAGCUCACGAACAGCUGACAACGAUCGAGCCCGAAAAAAGGGCAGAGCUUCCGUACUUUUCAGAUGAUCUCUAUGCUACAUGCGAGGAAGCAUUUCUCACUAAUAAGGCAGACAUGCUCGUGAUUAUCAAAUCGUGGAGAGGCCCGGAGCCCCCUGCUCACGACGGAGCGCCGGGGAAUGCCCUUACUUCCCGACAACUGCCGCGUAUAAAUUUACCGAAAUUUUCCGGGUCAUGUAAUGAAUGGACAGAAUUUCACGAUUUAUUCCAAGUAAUGGUCGGUCAGAAUCAGGACAUUUCCAAUGUGGAAAAACUGCAGUAUUUAAAAAUGAGCCUGACAGGAGACGCGUCCUUGCUCUUAAAAAAUAUUUCCGUCGCUGGGGACAACUUUGGGCGCGCCUGGGAAACUCUUGUUAAUCGGUACCAAAAUGAACGCGUUCUGAUCGACGCCCAUCUCGCGAUAUUAUUCUUGACGCGCCGUGUAAAUAACGAGUCAGCUGUCGACUUAAAGCAGCUUUUGAACGACACGAAAGACGCUCUUGGGGCGCUUAAAUCCCUCGGUAGUCCAAUUGAAUAUUGGGAUCAUAUUCUCGUGUACAUGAAAGCGCGAAAACUAGACUCCAAGUCACUCAAGGCGUGGGAAAUUAACAUCGGAGCACAAACAGACCCCGCGUCGUUCGAUGACCUCGAACAAUUCCUGUUCAGCCGUGUUCGUGCUCUGGAAUGCCGUCGAUCGAGUAUCGACCUCUUAAACUGUCGGACAGCAAAGCGGUGUCAAGUGUGCACUGGCCCACAUCACACCACGAUACAUCGUUCGAAAGCCGUGGAGCAACGAGCUCCUGGUUCCAGCGCCACGUCGCCAUCGGAAACACCUGAGCCUAGCAAACAAACUAACGGUGCGGCGAUCCCGGAUCGCGAUGGUCAGCCUAGCACCUCCGUCUCUACAAACGUUGCACUUACAAGUACGAUCCAAUACAAACCAGUACUGCUUGCAACCGCGCUCGUGAAAGUCACCUCUCGUACCGGGGAAGAACUCAUAAUUAGAGCGUUACUCGAUCAAGCAUCGGAGGUGUCAUUCGUCACAGAAUCACUCGCCCAACGCUUAGCAUUGCCAAGAAUGAAUACCUCGCUGCCUAUACGCGGAAUCGGUGGCAAGCGCACCGUCAAUGCGCGCGGACUCGUCAAUCUCAAUAUCCAGUCUCGCGUCAAGACGUUUUCACUUCCCGUAAAUGCAUACAUACUUGCAAAACUAACGUCUUACGUUCCCCCUUGUCGAGUACUCAAAAAUAACUGGCCUCAUCUAGAAAAUCUAGAACUUGCCGAUCCAGACUCGUCCUCAACACGAGCAAUUGAUCUUCUUCUCGGAGCAGAGGCCUAUAGCGUGAUUCUCGAGGAAGGAUUACGUAAAGGAGAUCGACAAAGCCCCAUAGCUCAGCAAACCGCCCUUGGCUGGAUCCUAUCGGGUUCCAUUCCGUCACAGGACCCCCAUCAAAAAAGGGGGUCGGCAUACGGAUUUCAAUGUUCCGUAAAUCAUGAACUCCUCAGCCUUCUUCAACGUUUCUGGCUGCAAGAAGAAACAACCUCAAAUCGCGAAACUUUACUCUCCGAAGAAGACUCGCAGUGCGAGCAGCAUUUUGUCGAGACUCACUCUCGUUCACCGGAAGGCCGGUACAUCGUACGUAUUCCUCUUAAACAACCCCCAGACAAUCCUGGGGACUCUCGGAGAUCUGCGCUCUUCGCGUUAUCGCGUCAAGAAAAACAAUUCGAGGCAGAUCCGGCAAGAAAAACCGCCUAUUCAGACUUUCUUGCGGAGUACGAGAAGCUUGGACACAUGACUCUCGUGCCUAAUCCAGACCAAGCUUCGGGACGCGUUUUUUAUCUACCGCAUCAUGCAGUGGUGCGUGACAACAGUACAACUACGAAAAUUCAAGUCGUUUUUAAUGGAUCUGCCCUUACGACACGCAAAAUCUCAAUCAACAGCUUACAGUACGCUGGGGCCAAGCUUCAGAAUGAUCUCGCAGAUGUAAUCACUCGAUGGCGUCGAUACGCGUAUGUUUUCAUAGCAGACAUCGAGAAAAUGUACCGUCAAAUCGGAGUACAUCCCGACGACUGGGAUCUGCAGCGGAUUCUAUGGAGAAAAAAUCCACAGGAUCCUGUAUCAACAUAUCAACUGUGCACGGUAACUUAUGGACUUAAAAGCGCCCCGUAUCUGGCCUUACGCGUACUCCGACAGCUCGCAGCUGACGAAAAAUCCCGAUUUUCCCUCGCAGUGAACAUCAUCGAACGAGAAAUCUACGUCGACGACGUUCUAUCAGGAGCCGACGACCUUGAAGGAGCAACAGAAAAAAUUCGCCAAAUCAACGAGUGCCUCGCCAGUGGCUGCUUCAACUUACAAAAAUGGACCUCAAAUUGCGAGGAAUUACUCGAAAAGAUACCGCAAGAAGAGAGGGACAUAUCGCAGCUCGUUUCCAUUGAAGAUAACAGCCCAGUGCGAGCGCUCGGGCUCCUAUGGCAUGCAAAUUCCGAUUCCUUCAAAUUCUCCUCGCCUCGUCAGCAACAACAGUCUCAACCCACUAAACGUAAUGUUCUCUCACGAGUUGCUCAGAUCUUUGACCCUCUCGGUUGGAUCGCCCCAGUUGUCGUUCGUGGAAAAAUUUUCAUUCAAGAGCUGUGGUCAGCUGGUCUAAAUUGGGACGAUCCACUUCCCAAAAUUCUUGAAACUCGCUGGAGAAUCUAUGAAGAAGAACUCAAGGAUAUUGCUUUUAUCUCGGUGCCACGUUAUUUCGGUAGUCGAGCAAACCUUGCAGCGUCGCAGUCCGUCGAACUGCACGGUUUUUCAGACGCAUCACAAAGUGCCUUGAGUGCAGUAAUUUUUCUUCGCCUGCUUACGGAAAGCAACGACAUUCGAGUAUCACUUGUUGCGGCGAAAACAAGGGUAGCCCCGUUAAAAAAAGUUACAAUUCCGUGGCUGGAACUAUCUGCAGCCGUGCUGCUAGUUCGGCUCGUCUCGCACCUUCGAAAAGUACUCAAACUCGAAAACGCCACGAUUCACCUCUGGACGGAUUCCACCGUUGCGCUGGCUUACAUCAGUGGAGAUCCGUCUCGUUGGACGGAAUAUGUCCGCAACCGCGUUAAUGAAAUUCGAGAAAUUGACCAAUCUCAAUGGCACCAUGUCUCGGACAAGGAAAAUCCAGCCGAUUGCGCGUUAAGAGGCAUUAGCCCGCGGCAGUUACAAGAAGACAGCCUCUGGUGGAAUGGGCCCGUUUGGUUGUCGCAGCAUAUAUCAUCGUGGCCCUCAUUGCAUCCACCAGUCCAUCCAGAGGUCGCCCUUGAGCUCCGCAAAUUACACGCACACAUUGUCAACACCGACGAUCGCAUCAUCAUAUGGGACCUCGUACAACGCUAUUCCAGCCUUACAAAGCUCUUACACGUUUCCGCUUGGUGUUUCCGAGCAUCUCGAAAAUUUCUACAGAGGCAGGCCGCCCCCAGCAGAGAGAAUCCUCUCACGCCGGCCGAACUUGAGCAUUCGCGCCUUUUUUGGGUCAAGGCGACCCAGUCAGCGUAUUUUAACGCAGAGAUACAACUUCUCUCAGAAGAAAAACAACUUCCGCGAUCCAACCGUCUUCUGCGACUGGCCACGUUUGUCGACUCCAACGGUUUGCUGCGAGUUCGCGGCCAUCUUCACAACUCUCCAUGCAGUUAUGACGAAAAGCACCAAUUAAUACUACCACAAGAAGCUUCCCUUACUACACUUGUCAUAGAACAAGCUCAUCGAAAAACUCUCCAUGGGGGUACUCAAGUUACCCUCGUCACACUCCGACGCCAAUACUGGGUAGUUGGAGGCCGCGUACCAGUCCGUAGCUUCAUACGACGAUGCAUUACGUGUAUACGGAAUCGUGCAAUGCUCGGGUAUCAACUGAUGGGGCAAUUACCGCCCUCGCGAUUCAGUCAAGUGCGCCCGUUCAUCAACUCCGGAGUUGAUUACGCCGGUCCGAUCUUCUUACGGACAUUUCGUGGUCGCGGUGCCAGAACGUACAAAGGAUACAUAGUCGUCCUUGUUUACUUCUCGACUUCCGCAAUUCACUUAGAAAUGGCUACAGAUUACUCCUCCGAGGGAUUCAUAGCAGCAUACAAGAGGUUCACGAGCCGCCGAGGGAUUUGCGAAACCCUCACGAACGCUCCAUCAGACCUUGAUACGCUCACUCCGGGACAUUUUCUGAUCGGUUCCGCUCUUAAUGCCAUCCCGGAACCAUCUCUCGGCCAUCUUCCAACCUCUCGGUUAUCCCGAUGGCAGUUGUUGAGACAAAUGCUGGAGCAUUUUUGGUCCCGUUGGAGUUCGGAAUAUUUACAACUGAUGCAACUGCGUGCAAAAUGGCAUUACCGCACAAACGCAUUGAAAAUUAAUUCUCUCGUUCUCAUCAAGGACGAGCGAUAUCCACCAACCAAAUGGGCUCUUGGCCGAGUCGUCGAACUGCACCCCGGAAAAGAUGGUCUUGUUCGCGUUGUGAGUGUCCGUACUCAGCAUUCGACGUAUAAGCGACCAAUCGUCAAGCUAUGCCUUCUACGGAGUCUUGAUACUGACGAAUCGAAGGACACUCCUGCGGACUGA